UUGGGUGACCAUGGCGGAGAGCGCGCAGGAUGAAGUCCAAGAUCAGGAUGAAGUCCAAGAUCAGGAUGAUGUAGGUGGAAAGAAGAUCACUAAUAGGACAUUUAUUUCUCUUUCCCAAAUUAUUGCCUUGUCAGAAGAAAAUCUGGAAGGAGUUGAAAAGAAGAUGGAAGAAUUUCUGAAUCUUACAAAACUAAAGACAUCUUUGAAAGAAGCAAUUUUACUAGAUUAUUAUACUGCAGGAUUUUGGUGGGCUAGAGAAAUGAACUUCAGUCUUAUGCAACUCUCAGGAUUCAUGGAUCUAUUAAAUUUCACCUUGGAGAACCUCAGCAGAAAACAUAUGACCUUGGGAGAUAAUUUAAAAGAACUUGAAAGAGCAUUGGCUGGAUUAGGAGAAACUGAGUCAGCAGAAAGAGGUGACCUGAAUUUAUUCAGCAUUGAGCAAGCCAAAGCAAUCAUUGAUUACUUGGUUGCCAGCGUAUUUAAAAACUAUAAAGCGUAUGAAUACCUCUUCCACAGUCGUGGAGAAGAACCUGUGAUAAGUAAUGAGAAUGAGAUUGAACUUGACCAACCUGCAGUUUCCCCCUCAGCUUCAGCGAUGGAAUCUCAGGGGUCUGACAAGGGGGAUUACCUGCAAGAGUCCUGUCCAGAGGCAGCAUCUUCUGAGGUGGAUGCUAUAGCUGGAGUUGCUGCUGAAGAUGAGAAGUCUGCAGUGUGUGAAAUCCCAAAUGAAAUUAUUGGCAACCUUGAGGCAGCCAUAAAUGAAAAGCUGCAAAUGCAGGAAGAAGCUUAGACUUGGAGAACAGAAAAAUUGACAAGUCCUAAAUAGCCAGAUAAGAAAGAUGAUGCUGGGUUUUUCAGGAAUUGGGCAGUAGGGGAUGAUACUCACAAAGGCUGGCUUGCUACCUGAACCAAAUUAUUUCUGUGUAGAGGAAAAUGGUUAACAUUUCAUUAACAGUAUUGGAAAGAUUUUCAUCCCAGUAGUAUUCCAUCCCGGUCCCUCAAAUUUACAGUGUUCUGCCAGUGAUGUUGUUUAGUUUAGAUUUAAGUUGAUUAUAAACAGAAGGACACAUAAUUAAAACAUGUUAAAGUUCAGUUUAUUUCUGAAUACAAAUGCUAAGUUUGUGAAAAAAAGCUGCAGUUUAAUUCUUCCAAUUGUGAAAUACUUAACAGUUUCUGCUUUACACCUAUGUUAUUUUUCAGGAAAUGUUGCUUGCUACAAGGAAAAUACAUAGAGAGAAAAUAUCAUUUUGAGGCACUGCAGGUAUAAUUAGGAGAGAAUUUAAUUAACAUGUGAUUAUACACCUUGCACUGUAGCUAUUCAUUAAUAAGAUGUAUGUUAUUUUGUUUUAAUUUUCUUUCUAAGCUUUAAAACAAAUUUAAUAGCUUACACUUCUUUCUUUCCACCAUAUUAAAAUUGCACAAAUGAAGAGUUCGCACUUCAAUAUUCCCAAGAGUUCCUUUAGAUUUCAGUAUAAUUUUUUCUGGAAUGCGCGUAUCCUUUCAUCUGAGAAUGUUUCCAUAUUUUGUCAGACAUUAUAAAAAUGUUUCAUGCUCAAAAGGAAUCCAACCAAAUAAAUGACCUCAGAAGAACCAGCUGAACUUCUGUGUUUCAAACUUGCGGCCUAUAUUAAUUGUGCCACAGAACUCUGUGCCCUAGAAAGCAUGUGAAAUACAAGUCAUGCUUUGAAA